AUGAAAAGCGUACUGGGGCUGAAGUGCGUGAGUUGCCGGGCCAGCGGGAGGCUACCCCUCGUUUCGAAAAAAUUCCUCUUCGUAAAUGUCGGGUCGAAGUCAAAGUUCGCAUCGGGUCUGGUAGGCCAAAAUAAGGACGGACAGGUAACCGCCAACGUGUCGAAAAGGACAGUUUUUAUAGAAAGUAACGCGAAGAACACCCACGUGCAGGAAGAACAACGUAAGAGCGCUGUCGCUGCGUCCAAGGAUGAAUUCGCUUCCUCGGACAGGGAAGUACUAAACAGUUACAAUGACGAACAGCUGGCCGAUGGUGAAACCCAACAAGGUGAUCACCUCUCCCUGGGGGGAGGAGAGGACUUUGAAGAAUAUGCCCAGUUUGACAGACAUGAUGGGCGAGGAAAAGAUGCUGGAGAAAAUGGGUUCAUGAACUACAAGCGUAGGGAAGGUACCUUUAAUAACCAUGAGAGAGGAAGGAACAGACAAAGCCAUGCGAUGAGCGGGAGAGGACAAAAGUACCAAUCCCCAUCGAGGUAUGAAAACGCGGAAGAAGGAGAUGAGUACGAGAGGAGAACAUCCUACUCGAGAAGCUUAAACAGUCAGGAUAGGUAUGAUCAACUUGGAGAGAAUCUAAAAGAAAUCGAAUGGAACAAGGUAGAUGCAAAGGUGCAGAGGCAGAACCUGCUUCAAGAUUUUAGCGAAAAGAAAGCAGGAAUUUCACCUGAACAGUUAGAUGCAGAACUGAAGAGACUAAACAUUUACGUGAAUAAAGAAUCUGGUGUGCUAAAUAAUUUAGCUAGUAACUUCUCCGAUGUGAACUUCGACGAUGCUAUAGUGAACCACCUGAAUGCAAAGUUUAAAGAACCGACAGCUAUUCAGAAGGUUACAUGGCCGAUCGCACUUUCGGGGAAGGACCUAAUAGGAGUAGCCGAGACGGGCAGCGGAAAGACCUUGGCCUUCGCCCUGCCAUGCCUUAUGCACAUCUUGAAGCAGAGGGAACGUCAGGCGGAGCGGGAGAACGGGUGGGAGGAGGGUGAACAGCGCAUCGGUGAGGAGUCCACCCAGGAUGCCACGCAACGUAGCAACGAUUCGUACGCCCAUCCGGGGGAACGAACUGUCUACGGACUGAUACUCCUACCGACUAGAGAGCUGUGCAUGCAGGUUGUCGACGAAAUAAAAAUAUUCGAAAAAGAAUUGGACAUCAGAAGUGUUGCUGUCUAUGGAGGAGUCCCCAAGUAUACACAAAUAAAUAACCUAAAGAAAGGCGCCGACAUUGUAGUUGCCACCCCGGGAAGACUUCUAGACCUUCUCGAAAAUGGAGUGAUUAACUUGUUAAGGUGCAUCUAUGUUGUUAUUGACGAAGCGGAUAGACUACUAGACAUGGGGUUUGAAAAACAACUAAAAAAAAUCAUGACGCAAGUUAAUAAAAAUAAGCAGCUCCUAUUCUUUACAGCUACUUGGCCUGAACAAGUCAGAAAACUGGCAUAUGACUUCUCUUCCUCCGAUCCAGUCAAAGUACAAAUUGGAAAAAGCGAAUUAACUGCCAAUAAAAAUAUACAACAGAGUGUAAUAGUAAGUUCAUCUAUCGACUUGAAGAAAAAGCUCCUUGAUUGGCUGAAGCAGAAUUAUGAGGGAAAUAAAAUUUUAAUUUUCUGUGACACCAAAAGGAAUUGUGACAACUUAUGCAAAGAGCUUCGCUACCAUCAGUACAACGCGCUCGCCAUUCAUGGAGAUAAGGAACAACGCGAAAGAGACAGAAUCCUAAACAACUACAGAAGUGACCGUUGCAAUAUUUUAGUAGCAACUGACGUGGCUUCCAGAGGGCUAGACAUUAAGAACAUUUCCAUCGUGGUCAAUUAUGACCUGCCCAAUACUAUAGAAGAUUAUAUUCAUCGAAUUGGCCGUACUGGCAGGGCUGGACAGAAGGGAAAGGCCGUUUUGUUUUUCCCCUAUGAUUACUAUGUGCCGCAAAAGGGUCGAUUCGCCAGGGAUCUGGUUAAAUUAUUGAACAAGGCAAACCAGGCCGUCCCAGCGGAGCUCCGCGAAAUUGCCGGCACGAGGUGA